AUGAGUCAGUCUAUUAUAGUCUCAGUUGGUCAAGCUGGCAAUCAGAUUGGAACUCGCUUCUGGGACAAGGUGCUACUAGAACAUGCAAAAUCAAACACUAAAGGUGUUUAUGAUGAUGCAAUGUCUUCAUUCUUUCGUAAUGUAGAUCCACGACGAGGUCGACAAUGUAUACCUAUUGGUGACGGGAAUGGUCAAAUCGUUGGUUUGAGAGCUAGAGCUGUAUUAGUUGACAUGGAAGAAGGAGUCAUAUCCCAAACCAUGAAAACACCACUAGGAGAACUGUUCGAUGAACAUCAACGUAUAACGAGUAAUUCAGGCUCCGGAAAUAACUGGGCAGUGGGAUACGCUCACUACGGACCACUUUAUCGUGAAACCCUACUAGACUCUUUUCGUAAAGAAGCUGAAUACUGUGACUCGCUGCAAUCCUUCUUCAUGAUCAACUCAUUGGGAGGUGGAACGGGCAGUGGUCUUGGAAGUUACAUUAUGGAGUUGUUGGCUGACGAGUUCCCGGAGACGUAUCGUUUCUCAACUGUGAUUUGCCCGUCUGGUGAUGAUGAUGUGGUCACAUCUCCUUACAACAGCAUCCUAUCACUUGCAAAACACAUUGAACACGCAGAUUGCAUCCUCCCCAUCGAAAAUCAAGCACUAUUCGAUAUAUGUGACCGAAUAACAUCCAAACCUGAAACGUCAACACGGAAAACAAAUUCCGCAAUCACGGAUCCUGGUGAUAAAGUGUUUGGUGGGUUGGUUGGACCUGGUGCUAUAUCAAAACCAAAGCCGUGGGAUGCAAUGAACAAUAUCGUUGCGAAUUUGUUGUUGAAUAUGACGAGUUCUAUGCGCUUCGAGGGCUCGUUGAAUGUGGAUAUAAAUGAUAUAGUGACCAACCUAGUACCAUUCCCAAGACUGAAAUUCUUGGUGUCUAGCAUGACACCACUUUUUUCACUAUCAGAUAUACGAGUACCACCUCGGCGUCUGGAUCAAAUGUUUGUGGACGCUUUUAGCAGAGAGUCACAAUUGAUUAAAGCUGAUCCUAAAAGUAAUACGUACUUGGCGUGCGCUCUCAUGGUUCGUGGUGAUGUUGAGAUAUCGGAUGUGAGAAGGAAUAUUGACAAAAUGAAAGCAACACUGCGCUUCGCUGAAUGGAAUCAAGAAGGCUGGAAGACUGGGUUAUGUUCACAACCUGCGUUGGGUCAGCAAUUCAAUCUCCUAACUUUGGCAAACAACUGCUGCAUAACAACUACACUCUCGGAAAUGAGAACUAGAUGUCUGAAACUGUAUAAUCGUCGUGCAAACCUACAUCACUACACUCCUCAUAUCGAAUUAUCGCAAUUCAAAUCAAGUCUACAAGAGACUUUGAAUGUAAUUAAACAAUACAACAAGCACGCCAAGUGA